AUGUGCACUUUGGUCUCUUACAGGUUGCAUGUGCAGACGCACCAUGUGCUGUUUACAACCCCAAAGUGUGAAGGCCUAUAUGGGAAUCCGUUCGCGUUUGCCUCCUCCAUCUGUCCACGCAGGUCUGCAGUUGUGGUGGAAUCCCACGUGUCUCAUCCUCGCCCGAAUAUGGCCUGUCAGCGUCAUAUUUCUCUCAGACCAUUUGGCCUCUCUUUUCUGUCACCUGUGCUGUUGCCCCAGUUUGCCAUUUUCCCGUUGCCAACCACAACGCCCCGGCCCUGUUGCCCUCACAUCCAGCCUGAGGGUAUAGAUGCAAUUGUGUGGUGGAAAGACGAGGAGAUCACAUCUUUUAGGAGGCAAAAGACCGAGUGUGAUCUGUCAAUGCAGCCGGCCACUUUCAUCCAUUACAGCCUCAUUUUCACCGGUCCGCAUCACUCUCCUGCCCCGACCAUCCCACCUUAUACCUCCCAUCGGUCGGGCGGAGUUAUCCGGCAAAGUUUAUUGGCUACACUUGGCUUUUCCUACCGCAAAAAAUGCACCAACUUGUGCUACGCCAUUUGUUGUAUAUUUCACGUGAUCGGAAAAACAAUGAAAAUAUGA